UCUAUGAUUAUUUAAAUACCUUUUCUCUUAACCCAUCAACUUCCUCGAGUCAAAAUCACUAACCCCACCUUUAAAAUCUCCCUAAACCCUAGCUAACACUAAUUAAAAACCCACAUAGAACCCCACUCAUCUUUCUACUAGAGCAGCAAAACAGAGUAGGAAAAGCUCCCUUUCAAUCUCCUUCCAAUCCCCAUGGAAAACCUCCUUCCAACUUCUCACAUCCACACUACCCCACAGUCCAAAGACCCUAAUUCAAUCCUUUCCGAUCGAAAACCCGACUCCCGCUAUUGGAUUCUCCUCUCCAUCAACUACACUGCUCUGUUCCUGGGUUCUAUCUCUUCCACCCUGCUUUCAAGGUUCUACUUCAUUCAUGGCGGAAAAAGCAGGUGGAUCUCUACAUGGGUCCAAUCCGCUGGCUUUCCGAUCCUCGUUCUCCCAAUCUAUCUAUCCUCUCUAUUCCUCUCCACCCAACAACCAAAACCAUUCUCCCAUUUCACCCCAAAGCUUCUCUUUCUCUCCAUCGUCAUUGGGUUUUUCAUGGGUUUGAACAACUUUCUAAUCUCGUGGGGAAUAUCAUAUCUCUCUGUUUCAACCUCAUCUCUCCUCCUCUCUUCCCAGCUCGCCUUCAACCUCCUCCUCUCAGCUGUUCUCGUGAAGCAAAAGCUCACCUUCUCGAACGUAAAUUGCGUGGUCCUGCUCACUCUCAGCUCCGUCCUUCUCGCAUUGGGAUCAAGCCAUGACCGCCCGGAAGGCGUUGCCAAGGCCCAAUUCUUCUUUGGCUUCGUCUCAAUCCUCGGCGCUGCCCUCCUCUUCGCUCUCUACCUCCCAGUAAUGGAGAUGGUGUAUAGGAAGGUCUCCACGUACAGGAUGGUGAUGGAAAUGCAGGUGGUGAUGGAGGUCGCAGCGACGGUGUUUUCGACGGUCGGGAUGCUCGCUGCAGGUGGGUUUGAUGAGAUGAGGAAGGAAAGCUUGAGUGGUUUUGAUUUAGGCUCUGUGAAGUAUUGGUUAACGGUGGGAUUUAACGUCGUUAGCUGGCAGCUCUGUUUCAUGGGGACAGCAGGAAUCGUCUACCUAACGACGUCACUAACGGGAGGGAUUUGCAUGACGGCGUUACUGCCCAUGAACGUCGUGGGAGGCGUUUGGGCGUUUGGGGAUGAGUUUGGAGGUGGAAAGGCGGUUUCGACGGUUCUGUGUUUCUGGGGUUUUUUGUCGUAUCUGUACGGAGAGUACAGGAAGAAGAGGAAAGAAGGGAAGAGGGAGGAGAGAGAGAGGAAAGAGAUGGAGAUGGUGGGCCCUGCAAAUGGACGGCAGGAUGGACACAAUGGGGUUUGAUCAUCGUUUCUUUGGGUCCCUUUUCUUUUUUUUCUUUUUUUACUUUUCCAUUUUUGUACAUCGAUUGG